AUGUCCGACUCAAACCCCCCACCGUUACCGGCUGGUGCUGGGGAUACUUCUUCUGCUCCAGUAGAUAUUGAGGCUCAGUUAAAGGCUUUGCUAGCUGGCCUCGGUCAGGAUGCGGACGGGGAUAAAAAUGCCGACAAUAACACGAACUUUUCAACUGGCGAACAUGAAUCCGAAGAACAGUCUGAAGAUGCUGCGACUGAAGCGGCCCGAAAACUUAUAGAAAACGCCUUAUAUUCGGAGUCGUCUAAUCUAGAAGCUGGGGUGCAUCCAACUGCUGAUGAACAAAGAGAAACUGAACCGGUUGAGGAGCCUCAACAGGUGGAUCCCGUGUCGGACAGCACAAGACCCUCGGCGUCGGCUGAUAUGGAGUCUCUGCUCUUAGAACAGACAUUAGCAGAAGUUCAAAAAGCUUUAGCAGACGACCAAGGACUCUCUGGCCAAGAUUCCGAGUCACAGCCAGAAACAAAUGUGCGAAGUACUCAGGACAUAGAGUCUUCGAAAACUGUUCAGGAUAGUCAUAUUGCGAUCGCAGAUCAGGAACCUGAUACGAAAGAGAAUGACGAACAGAAUACAGAUGUCGACCAAGGGUCAUUAAAUGCACUGAUUCAAAAUGCCUUGACUGCCUUAGAUGACCAGCCUGAACGUGAACGACAAGAUAACCAGGAUGACGUGCCUCAAGCCCCAAAACCGCUACAUGAAGAACCAACAGUGCUAGAACAUCCCUCUAGCAAAGAACAGACUCAACACGAUACAUUUAGUUCGGAUUCAGGUGCGUCUCGGCCAUCUGGUGAGCCCGAUCAAGCGGCAUUGGCCAGUGCUAUUGCUAAUGCCCUUGCUGGUGUUGGGACCCGAGCUGAUGAUACUGAUGGCUCUGUAACAGAGACUUCCCUACAGGACCAAAUUGCAGCAGCUGUGGCGAGUGUUUCUCAAGAAAUUCUCCCUGUACACGAAGACACAAACCAACAUGAUACUGCUGCCAUAACCGAAGCUUUGGUAUCUUCUCUUAGUGGAGAGGGGGCAAACCAUAAUCAGGAGCCAGAUGUAUUGCACAUUCAACAGGAACUGCAGCGUAUUUUAGCAAAUGAUGUGUCUCAGCAGGUAUCAGCUGACACCGAGUCACAUCCUCAACAAGCUUCUCAAACUGAAGCAAAUGAAGACGGAGAACCUGAGUUUGAUGCAGAUGCUGCUGCUGCAUCGGUUGCAGAAGCUCUGGCUAAGGCUCUUCAACAGGGUGCUGGUGAUAUUGAUGGUGAAUCAGGUAAUGCGAGUGCUGAGGAAACCGAACUUGCUGCCCAAAAAGCUCUUAUGGAACAGUUGUCGUCAGCUUUGCGUGAAGAGUCUGCUGGACAUAUCCAGGGUCAAACUGGAGAUGAACAACACUCUGUAGAAGGUGUCGAUGUUCAGGCAAUGGCGGAGUUGCUCAGUGGUUCUGAUUUGGAGUCUACGCUAUCAUCAAUUUUGUCUGGAAUGAAUGACCCUCCACAACAGGAAGAACCUCCACGAUCAAAUUUAUCUAUUGCAGAAACUUUGGCCAUUUCCAGGUCCAAUAUUGAGAAAUCAAGAGAGAAACUGGCAAAAAGGAUUGAUCCAAUGUUAAAUCGCAGAGGUUACUUGCAGUCGUGGUCGGUUAGACGUCAACAACACCAACAACAACAACAGCGACAGCAUCAGGAGCAGCCGCGACAGACAAUCCAACCUCAGCAGGAUGCUGAUAUCGAUCCUCUGCUGCAAUUUUCUUCAGAAACUUUGCCCAGCCAAGAAGAGCAGUCUUCAGACCAGAUCGAAUCAGGAGAUGGGGCUGAAGUACCUGCAGACUCAAUGUUGGCAGCCCUUCUUCUUGCCAAACAAAUGAUCGGUGAUGAAGAAGCUACCUCGGAGGGCCAAGACCUGAGUCUUAACGAGGAUGCUAUGGAAGCUGUACAACAAGCCCUUCAAGCACUUAGCAAGAGUAUUCAGGAAGAAGGGGCAAGUGGUACAACAACUGAGAAUAACUUGACUAGUGACAGUACAACGGCAGGCAAUACUCCAAUAUUUUCGUCCCUUGACCAGUUUAGGACUACACGAAAGUACAAGCCUCGUAGAUAUCGUGCCAAUGCUGUUCUUACACCAGAGGAUAAAGAACGAAUCCGAAUGGAUAACCGAGAGCGUAAAAAGAGGUGGAGAAGUAACAAUAAUAUUCGAAACAAGGACAACGAUCUGAGAGCACGAUUGCAUCGUAGAGCUACUAAUAUGUUUGGUCCUGAAGACAGUCCUGAGAAGAAGAGUUGGUUUGACAAGGAGUUCCAGAAACGUCGAGAGAAGCGAAUGCUGCGUGAAAUGCAACUUGAUCCUGACUUUCAAAGGGAUGAUGAGAACUCUAAUGGGUUUGUUAAUAUCAAUAGCAACAACAAUGCUAAUGGUAACUCGUCAUCAGCUGAAAGUUUACGUGCUGCAUUAGAGAUCUUGGGCAAAACUGAGGGACUUAAUGAGGGUUUAGCGCAAACAGUUGAUUCAUUGGUUAAAGAUCCUCAAUUACUGAAAACUUUGAUGGGUGAUUUGUUUGGAAACGAAGAAAGCAAUAAUGUUAGCAAUAAUACUUCCACAGCUACCAAUUAUACAUUCCAACCCCAUGCAAAUGUUAAUAAGCCAAUAGCAGGCGGCGGUAUCAUGUCGACGUUUAAGAUUCGCAAGACAGAAUCACAACCCAGGGCAGUUCAAUCUCGGCCUCCCACUGCACAGCCACAGUUUCCAUCAAAAUACCCCGAUCGUGGUCUGACAACUUUGGUAAGACGGGCAAUGAAAUCCAGAGGCCGCAAUACUGGUGGCUUCCAACAACCGUCACAGAGUACUCAACCUUCGGUACCAAGAGUGUUGACCAAUGUACCUCCUCUGCCCAACAUGUCAGCUCCCGAUCCUGUGGCUGCGAUUGCUGGUGCACUUUCAAUGCGAGCCGACAAUUUUUCAGAUGUUCAGCAGUUAUCGCAGCCACCACAAUCGCUCAAGAGGAAGCCAUCGUUGGAAACUAUUUCUGUCACAGUUUCUCCCAAACCACCCACUUAUUUUGGUAAACCUGCUUCCAGACCCAGCUCUGUGCUCCAGCCAGCGAAAAAGUUCAAGACUAUGGACAACCGUGCAAAGGCUUUUGGAUUUCCACCUCUUCUAUCUGCUAUGUCAACCAAGAGAUAA